UAGGGGCCACUGUGGUGCGGCAAGGGCCCGCGCUGUCCCGGCCUCCGAGCGCCCGGCCCUCUUGAGCACGGCCUCGCCGGUGUGGCGGGGUGAAAGGUUGCGAAGAUGGCGACGGCCUUGAGCGAGGAGGAGCUGGACAAUGAAGACUAUUACUCGUUGUUGAACGUGGGCAGGGAGGCCUCGUCUGAAGAGCUAAAAGCUGCCUACCGGAGGCUGUGUAUGCUUUACCAUCCAGACAAGCACAGAGACCCAGAGCUCAAAUCACAAGCAGAACGACUGUUUAACCUUGUUCACCAGGCUUAUGAAGUGCUUAGUGACCCCCAAACCAGGGCCAUCUAUGACAUAUAUGGGAAGAGAGGACUGGAAAUGGAAGGAUGGGAGGUGGUGGAGAGGAGGAGAACUCCGGCCGAGAUCAGAGAAGAGUUCGAGCGGCUGCAGAGAGAGCGGGAAGAGAGGAGGCUGCAGCAGCGAACCAACCCCAAGGGAACCAUCAGCGUUGGAAUAGAUGCCACUGACCUUUUUGAUCGAUAUGAUGAGGAGUACGAGGACGUAUCUGGAAGUGGCUUUCCGCAGAUUGAAAUUAAUAAAAUGCACAUAUCCCAGUCCAUUGAGGCCCCCUUGACAGCCACGGACACAGCCAUCCUCUCGGGAAGCCUCUCCACCCAGAACGGCAAUGGAGGGGGCUCCAUCAACUUCGCACUCCGCAGAGUGACCUCUGCAAAAGGCUGGGGCGAGUUGGAAUUCGGAGCUGGUGACCUCCAGGGGCCGUUGUUUGGUCUCAAGCUGUUCCGCAAUCUCACCCCGAGAUGCUUUGUGACGACAAACUGUGCUCUGCAGUUUUCGUCCCGUGGAAUCCGGCCUGGCCUUACCACCGUCCUGGCUCGGAACCUGGACAAGAACACAGUGGGCUACCUGCAGUGGCGGUGGGGGAUCCAGUCGGCCAUGAAUACGAGCAUCGUGCGUGACACCAAGACCAGCCACUUCACGGUGGCCCUGCAGCUGGGGAUCCCUCACUCCUUUGCACUGAUCAGCUACCAGCACAAGUUCCAGGAUGACGACCAGACUCGGGUGAAAGGCUCCCUUAAGGCAGGCUUCUUCGGGACAGUGGUGGAGUACGGAGCCGAGCGGAAGAUCUCCAGGCACAGCGUCCUGGGCCUGGCCGUGAGCAUCGGAGUCCCACAGGGCGUCUCUCUCAAGGUCAAGCUGAGCAGGGCCAGCCAGACCUACUUCUUCCCCAUCCACCUGACGGACCAGCUGCUGCCCAGUGCCAUGUUCUACGCCACUGUGGGGCCCCUGGUGGUCUACUUCGCCAUGCACCGCCUCAUCAUCAAGCCGUACCUCAGGGCGCAGAAGGAGAAGGAAUUGGAAAAGCAGAGGGAAAGCACUGCCAGUGACAUCCUGCAGAAGAAGCAGGAGGCGGAGGCUGCUGUUCGUCUGAUGCAGGAAUCUGUCCGAAGAAUCAUCGAGGCCGAGGAGUCCAGAAUGGGGCUCAUCAUCGUCAAUGCCUGGUACGGGAAGUUCAUCAACGACAAGAGCAGGAGGAGCGAGAAGGUGAAGGUGAUCGAUGUGGCCGUGCCCCUGCAGUGCCUGGUGAAGGACUCAAAGCUCAUCCUCACCGAGGCCUCCAAGGCGGGGCUGCCCGGCUUCUACGACCCGUGCGUGGGGGAGGAGAAGAGCCUGCGGGUGCUGUACCAGUUCCGGGGUGUGCUGCACCAGGUGACGGUGCCCGACAGCGAGGCCCUGCGGGUACCAAGGCAGUCUCACAGGAUCGACACAGAUGGAUAAGCUGCUUGAGGACCUGGUUUGGAAGAGACUUCGAGAAACCUUUUCCUGGGAGUCUACAAAUUUGGAAGCGGGAAAACCCCAGAGAUCAGAUGUUCUAUUUUAUUUUAUUCCACUAGAAGAUGGUACCGUAUGAAUUCUGUGCAGGGAUAUGCAGACACCACACAUGGGUGCUGCAGGGAGGACUGGGCCAGGCGCAGGCCCCCGGGGUCACGUCCCUGGAGGGUCGCCACACAGAGCUGUCAGGGCGUCCUGGUCUCGCAAGUCGACACGGAGUGCAGGGAGCACAGUGAGGAUGCGGUUCGCAGCCCAGACCCCCAGACCUGGGCACCUGGGAGUGGAUUCGCACCGAGCCCUUCCUCUGCUGAGCAGCCCUUCCUCUGCUGAGCGUGCUGGGCAGCCUGAGGGCACCGGCUGGAGAGGAGUCUGUUCUUCUUGCCUCGGGGCCUUUUGAAUCAUUCCCUGGCCUAGGCGCCUAUGGAGCUGCAGAGCUGUGUGCUCAGCAUGGGGCCUCCCAGGAAAGGGCAGAGCCAGCAGGGCCUGCCGAGCCUGCCAAGCCCAAGUGUGGAUCUGGGCCCGGCACCGGCUGGCAGCACUCGCCACCACAAACAGCCCUCUUCCUCCCGUUUUUUAAAGUGGCCCAGGCUAACCAGUUCUGUCCUAUUUAUCUCCGUUUUUAAAUUAAAAAGAGGAAGUUUCUCUGCCAGCGCCACACGGCGGUGCUGCAUGAGCCCCACUGGGUGGCCGGGCUCGCAUGGCCUGCGCUGCCCUGGCGCCUUUGCAAUAAACGGCUGAAAGCCCGG